CGCGUAGGCCUGACAUCGCUGAAGGUCUUGAGGCAGCGGAGAGGUGGGGGUUUUUAGUAGCUGGAGCAGCGAGCAUGGCGUGUACGGCUGUGGCAGCGACGCGACUUGGACUCGGCCUGUGGGGCGCCCGAACCAUGCAGGCCCGGGGCUACAAUUUGGACUACCCCCGCCAGUUCAGCAGCAACCCUGUUGACGAAGUCGGCGGCGGUGCCGGUGCCAUUCGAGACGCUGGCGGGGCUUUCGGCCAGAGGGAGAAGGCCGAGGAGGACCGAUACUUCCGAGAGAAGAGCCUAGAGCAACUGGCUUCCCUGAGGAAACACCAUCAGGAAGAAAUUACGCACCAUGAGAAGGAGAUACAACGCCUGCAGAAAGAGAUUGAGCGUCAUAAGAACAAGAUUAAAAAGCUGAAACAAGAUCAUGAUUAAGCUGAUUUUCUUCUUGUUCAGUGAUCAGCCUUAAUCUAUGUAUGGAAUCAUUGUGCACUACUUGUAUGCCCGAUGCGACAUACUCUCUAGCUUGAUAUACUUUUUUCUGUGUAUUGCAACCAAAUGGUAAUAAACUGUGGUCACUGAUUU